AUGCCGGGCUUAACAGCUGCUGACACGAUACGUGUCCUCGUCGCCACUGACAACCAUGUCGGCUACGCCGAGCGAGAUGCCAUCCGAGGCGAAGACAGCUGGCGAAGCUUCCAUGAGAUUAUGUGCCUCGCGAAAGCCAGGGAUGUGGACAUGGUACUGCUCGCGGGAGACCUUUUUCAUGACAAUAAGCCCUCUAGAAAGUCUAUGUUCAACGUCAUGCGCUCGCUUAGAAUGAAUUGCUACGGAGACAAACCCUGUGAGUUGGAGAUGUUGAGUGACAAUAGCGAGGUGUUUCAAGGUGCUUUCAACUAUGUCAACUAUGAAGAUCCAGACAUCAAUGUAGCUAUUCCUGUGUUCUCGAUACAUGGCAAUCACGAUGAUCCGUCAGGGGAAGGUCAUCUUGCAGCUCUUGAUAUACUACAAACAGCUGGACUUCUCAAUUACUACGGGCGUACCCCUGAAUCCGAUAAUGUGCAGAUCAAACCAGUGUUAUUACAGAAAGGUCGAACCAAGCUUGCCUUGUACGGAAUGAGCAACAUCAGAGACGAGCGUAUGUUCAGGACAUUUCGAGAUGGCAAAGUCAAAUUCUUUCAGCCAGGAACACAAAAGCAGGAUUGGUUCAACCUCAUGAGCGUUCACCAGAACCAUCACGCGUAUACAGAUACGGGAUACCUUCCAGAGAAUUUUCUUCCAGACUUCAUGGAUCUUGUCGUAUGGGGUCAUGAACACGAAUGUCUCAUCGACCCAACGUACAACCCGGAAACGAACUUCCACGUCAUGCAACCUGGAUCGUCGGUCGCAACAUCCCUGAUGCCAGGAGAAGCGGUGCCUAAGAAGGUCGCAAUACUGACCGUUACAGGCAAAGAGUUCAAGUCAGAACCGAUAAGGCUCAAGUCGGUAAGGCCUUUCGUGAUGAAGGAGAUUGUCUUAUCCGAAGAAAAGGAAGCUAUGAAGUUGGCAAAGAAAGCCAACAAUCGAACUGAGCUAACUCGCUUCCUUGAAGGCAUUGUCAAUGUGAUGAUCGAUGAAGCAAACCAGGAGUGGGAGGAUGCCCAAGACUCGGGAGAGCGUGAUGAUGAGCAUGAGCCUCCGUUACCUCUAAUUAGAUUACGAGUUGAGUACUCCGCGCCGGAAGGUGGCAACUUUGACUGCGAGAACCCGCAGCGUUUCUCCAAUCGCUUUGUCAACAAAGUUGCCAACACGUCAGAUGUCGUGCAAUUCCAUCGUAGGAAAGCAGGUGGCAGGAAGAAGGCAACAGCAAACGGUGAAGCGGAAUUACCAGAAGACAACUUAUUAGAGUCAUCCGCCCUCGACUCCGUGAAGAUUGAAAAAUUGGUGAAAGAGUUUCUGGCCGCACAAUCACUGACGAUAUUACCGCAAAACUUGUUUGGCGACGCAGUCAGCCAAUUUGUAGACAAAGACGACAAGCACGCGAUGGAGCAGUUCUUAGUGGAAAAUUUGUCAAAGCAAGUUGAACUAUUGCUACAGAUGGAUCACGUAGACGAAGACGCAUUGCUCGAUGCAAUGGAGCAAGGUAAAUCUCAUCUUGAAGAGCUCUUCGCCAAGGGACUUGCUACGAAGCCGAAACGAGCCAAAUGGAAGCCACGGCCGGAUGAUUGGGACUCUGAUUUGAACGGUGACUGGCAUGAUAACCCAAUGUCUCUCAACCGGUCCGACCAUGAAGCAGAAAUGGAUUCAGAUGUCACUCUCCCCAAAGUUGCCCCUAAAACCCGUGGACGACAAGCGGCAGCCCCUAAGAAGGCGGCGCCGGCAAAGAAAGCUCCUGCAAAGAACUCGAGGAGCAAGAAGCAGGUGGUAGAGAGCGACGAAGAUGACGAAGAGGACGUAGUCAUGUUCGAUGGCUCCGGGAAUGACGAGGAUGAAAGCGAGAGCCAACUCUUCAUACCUGAGCCCGCCCCGAAACGGGGAGGCAGGAAGGCGGCUGCUGCGCCGGCCAAGAAAGCAGCAGCGAAAGCACCAGCCAGGAUGCCGGCUCGCGCUGCAAAGAGCCAGCCAGGUCGUCAGUCGCAGCUUUCCUUCACACAGGCGAUGAAGUCACAAACGCAGGUCAAGGCAGAGAUCAGCGGCGAUGAGAUAUCGGAUGACGACGAGGCAUUUGAGCCUCCAGUAACUGCACGUUCGACACGAAGUGGGAGGUAG